AUGUAAUUCGUCGCUGCUUAUGCUUUGUUAGUUUUGGGAGGAAAGGCUCAACCAACUGAGGCAGAUAUCAAGGGAUUAUUGGCUGAAGUAGGUGCUCAAGGAGCUGAUGAUUAAAUCAAGGCAAUUGUUGAUGCAUUGAAAGGAAAGACUCUUGCUGAUGUUAUCAGUGAAGGAUUGAAAAAAGUAGGCACUCUCUAAUUGGGAGGAGGAGCUGCAUCAAAUGCUCCAGCUAAGGCCUAAGCUCCAGCUGCUGCCAAAUAAGAGGCACCAAAGCCAGUUGAAAAGGCCCCAGAACCAGAAGAAGACGUUGACAUGGGUGGUUUGUUUGACUGAUUAUACAUUUUAGUACAUUCAUAUACAUAUAUUAAAUAUUUUAUCAUAAAU